AUGAAACAAACUUUCGCAUCUAACCAAAAGGACCAACAAACCCCACCUCACAACAUCUUUACUAUUGAAUUAGCUACAACGGACAGAUCAUGGACAACUUUGUUCAAAUCAGCAAGUGGUGAUCUGUUUGGCUUGAAAUUUUCUUCACAUGCAUUGGCCUCAUUGGCAGCAUCAGAUGUGCUUGUCUCAGCAUGUUCGGGUUCUCCUUUACCCAAUGCUUCUGUGGCUUGUGGCAUAAUAGAACUCAAAAUGCCAUACUCGUACACAAACACACAUUUAAGCAAGGGUAGUCUCCACUGCGGCUUUGUUCCCAUGAUUUCAUCGACGCGUUUCAGUGCCUCUGCUGCCUUACCCUUAAUUGUACCCUUAAUAAUACGGUGUUUGUUUGCAUGUUCUAGCUAUCAAAUCUUUUCCUCGAGUCAGGGCGGAGGCUUGGCUAAAAAGAAAGAGAUGAAGGAGGAAGAUGAACACCGGGAAGAUCAAUCUUCUCAUCAUUUUGCAUAUCUAGAGAGCAAAUGA